GCCUAUUCUUAUAAUGGUAAUCAUAACAUCAAAGCGGCGUCGUAUUAAUCUUCUUCACCAAAGAGUUCAAUUCCAUGGAGCCGGCCAGGCGGGGACUUCGGAUCUCUCCUUCAACUCAUCAUCAUCCCACCUCUGGUUUUGGAUUUGACAACCCAACCUGGCUCUUCUUCACCAGAAGAAGGCGAUACACCUCUUGCUCAAAUGCUCCGACCAGCUUGCCAUGGCCCACCUCCUCCAAAUUCAAACUCAACUCAUAACCCUCCCCAUCCCCACCUCCGUUAUUCACCCUAACAUCAUCGCCGUCAAGCUCAUCGGCGUCUGCGCCUCCCACGCUAACCUGCGCCACGCCGCCCUCGUCUUCGACACCCUCCCCACCCCCAACAUCUUCACCUACAACACCAUCCUCAGAGCCUUCGCCCAAAACAAUCACUGGAUCCAUACACUCCAGUAUUUCAACUCCCAGUUGUCAUCGCCCGAUGCGCCUGGCCCAGAUGAGUACACCUUCACCUCUGUCCUCAAAGCCUGUUCUGGGCUUUCCAGUGCAGUCGACGGCGAGAAAAUCCACGGUCUUGUCGCCAAACUGGGCCUCGAAUCGAAUGUUUUUGUUCAGAACUCGCUUGUGGAUAUGUACUUUAAAGUGGGUUCUUUUUUGGUUGCUCAGAAGCUAUUUGAUGAAAUGCCGGAAAGAGACGUUGUUUCUUGGAACACAUUGGUUUCCGGGCUUUGUUUGUGUGGGCACGUUAAUAAGGCUAGACGGGUGUUUGAUAGUUUGGUCGACAAGACUUUGGUUUCCUGGUCGACUAUGAUCAGCGGGUAUGCGAAGUUGGGCAGAUUGGAGGAUGCUCGGCAGCUUUUUGAUGAGAUGCCGGAGAGGAAUGUUGUUUGUUGGAAUGCAAUGAUUGCAGGGUAUGCCCAGAAUGAGAAGUAUAGUGAAGCCAUUGAACUAUUUCGUCGAAUGCAACAAAUGGGGGCUGCUGGGCCUAAUGAUGUUACUCUUACUAGUGUACUCUCCGCCUGUGCACAUCUUGGGGCACUUGAUCUGGGGAAGUGGAUUGAUAAAUUUAUUAGCCGGCAUAGGAAGGAAUUGAGUCUUUUCUUGGGAAAUGCACUGGCAGACAUGUAUGCAAAGUGUGGAUGCAUUUUGGAGGCUAGGCGAAUUUUUGACAAGAUGCAGGAGAGAGAUGUGAUCUCAUGGAGUAUUAUUAUUACAGGGUUGGCCAUGCAUGGGCAUGCAAAUGAAGCAUUUGGUUGCUUCUUUGAGAUGCUUAAGUGCGGAUUGAAGCCAAAUGAGGUUACUUUCAUGGGCUUAUUGACAGCUUGUACUCAUGCUGGUUUGGUUGACAAAGGGCUCAACUAUUUUAACACAAUGAACAGGGAAUAUGGAAUCAGACCUGCAGUUGAACACUAUGGCUGUGUUGUUGAUCUUCUAAGCCGUGCUGGCCGCCUUGAUGAAGCAGAGAGCCUGAUCAACUCGAUGCCUAUGAAGCCUAAUGUUGUAGUAUGGGGUGCAUUGCUUGGGGGUUGCCAGAUUUACAAAGAUACUUGGAGAGGCGAACGAGUUGUCCAUCGUAUUCUUGAACUCGACUCUGAACACUCUGGAAGCUAUGUCUAUCUUGCCAAAAUCUAUACUUCAAUGGGCAGAUUGGAUGAGGCAGCAAGGUGUAGGCUGAGAAUGCAGGAUGAUGGGGUAUUGAGAACUCCUGGCUGCAGUUGGAUAGAGGUGGAUAACACGGUUUAUGAGUUCUUCAUGGGUGACAGAUCCCACCCCUGGUCUGAUAAGAUAUACUCUAAAAUCAAAGAACUAGGGUUGAAAAUGAAGCUAGCUGGAUACAAGCCAAAUACAGAUCUUGUAGUGCAUAGCAUAGAUGAGGAAGAGAAAGAGGAUGCUUUAUCAACUCACAGUGAGAAGUUAGCAAUUGCAUUUGGCAUUCUAACCACUCCUGAUGGAACAACAAUUCGUGUUGUUAAGAAUCUGCGUGUUUGUGAUGACUGUCAUGAUGCAAUAAAAAUAAUAUCUACAAUAGUUGAGCGAGAGAUUAUUGUGCGGGAUCGCAGCCGCUUUCAUCAUUUCAGAAGUGGUAAAUGUUCCUGCAAUGACUACUGGUAGAAAGUGAUGGGCAAAUAGUGAAAUGAUUGGUGCAAUGAGGACCGGACCGGAGUCCGAUGUAUAUAUAUACUAUGGGGUCGGCAAUUGUUUCUUGAUUCUGUUGUUCCCUGCCUUUGUUAGAGCAUAAGAUAAUGCUGCAUAAGUUGUUUUGAUGUGGAGCUUUUCCAUCAUGUAGUAAGCGAAUUCUGAAGGUACUUGCAGUGACUACCACAGGUUGACUGUUGCAAUUCAAAAUUACGGGAGAGUAUUGAGAACUGCUUUAGUUGGAUAGAGGUGGAGGACAUGGUUCACAACUUCAACAGGUUGUGUUUGAGGUGCAGGUGGCACAAUCAGUCUGAGAAGAUGCCCCCACUUACUAUAGUUUUGGGAUUGAAAAUGAUACCAGCUAGUUACAAAUAACAGAUCUUGUGGCUGAUAGUACAGAGAUCAAAGAGCAGUAGGCCUUUAUCCACUAACAGUUCCAUCAUGUUGGCAGCUGCAUUUGCCCCUUGACAGUAUUAGUGAGGGAUCAUAGGUUCUCGUGUGAGAAAUUGCAAGCUUUUUGUUGUUAGAGAGGAGGGAAUUGUACAGUGGCUAUAAGCACUUUUCAUCAUCUUAAAAGCAGAGAUAUCCUUUUAAAAAGUAGAAGUAGCAAGUGAAAUAGCAAAUAGAUUGAGAACCGAGGUGCUGUGUAGAGGAGCUGGUUAUUUCUCAAUUCCAUUGGGACCAGCAGUGUGUCCUCAUGUCUCCUCGUGCUACUCAAAGAUCAUCAAAUGGUGUUUGUUAGUAUUGAGGCAUUGAAUUGAUCUGAGAGUGAGAGAGACUGUGUGUUUGUUUGCGCAUUGUGGCACUUGCGUGCCCGUGCCUGUGCCUGUGCCUGUGCCUGCAGCUUUCUGACAGCAUUAGACCAACUCCAGGGCUCCCCAUUCUUUGAGACCCAUUUUUCGUCUCAGAAGUUAUAGGCUGUUCACGGUACCCACCACAGUAAUUUGAAAGAGGCUUGCCAAAGAAACAAGUGCUGCUCUCACUAACCAGAUUUAUCAUAUGCCUAUCUGAUUUGGCUUAUUAAUGACAGCAUUGGAGCAAUUGCAAGAGCAUGACUUAUAAUGCAGUACUUCAAUUUGGUAAGUGAGAGUUAUUCAUGGAAUUGGAAUGCAAGUAGUGAAAACUUGAAUCAUCUUGAGCAUCAAAAAUGCUUAAUGAUUGAGGGAACGGGAAAUGCAAGCCAUAAAGACCAUUGAAUUUGAUCAUGGGUAAGAAAAGAUAGAAGGGUGUGAAGGUUCAGAAGAAAACCACAAUCAAGGUAACAUCUGGUAGAAUCGUAAAUGUAUAUUUUCAGUCAAGGGCCAUCAUAUUGUCCAGGCGUUUUAGCUACAAGGAUAUGAUUGAGACUUCGAAAAAGAGAUCUUUGCAGUACUUUGGGACUUUGCUUUUGACUUUUAGUGGUGGCUCAAGAAAUGCUAGCUUCCUCGCUCCAUAAUUUCCGAGUUCAUGCAUUAUGAGCAGCCAAACUAGCUUUAUUUUGUAUCUAUAGGCAGUUUGGUACCAACUCCAUAAUUAUAAAAUAUAAAAAGCCAGGAAAACAUGCUCCACUGGAAUUUUGAAAUCGGUUUUUUGUUUCCUUUAAAAAAUUACAUAUCUGCCCAUAAAUUGAUCCAAGAUAAUCAAAAGCAGUGAGGCAAGCAGCCGAGCAACCGAUCAACCCAAACUUGUUUUCCUUUCUGAUACGGCUAACUGAAUUAUAUACUUAUCAUCCGCAAAUAUCAUCUUCAAGUUCUUCAGUGAGGAGGACUGAAUUCUGUAAAUUCUGUUUAACCAAGAGGUUUCUUAUGAACAUGUGCCAAAAUUAUGUAAAUUCUGUAAUAUGCUUGAUCAUGCAGAAGUGAAUUGUAAAAACAAGAAAGAAAUUGAGCAGAGGAAAGGAAAAAAGAGGAAAGAUCCUGAUACAACUAAAGAGCCAUUGGUUGCCAGGAUUCUUGUAAGACCAGUGACAAGAUUGCUGAGCAGAGUAACACUGCAGGGCCCAUUGAUGCAGUUAAGAUUGGUGCUUCUUCUUCCAUGCAAGGGGGGAGAGAACCUGAAGUAUGUAGGGGAAUAGGUAACGCUUCCCAUGCUGAUUUGGUUAAAACUGGAAAAUGCAUCGACAAUGGAACUGCCCCUCUUGGGCCUUCAGUCAAUGGCAUUUCCUAUGAGAGUGCUUUGGUACAAGAUAAGGAGUUCCAAAAUGUGACAAGAAAGAAAUGGAACAAGGGAUCUAGGCCUCCUUGAGCUCUUUUGAUCUUGCGUUCUCUUUGUGGUCUGGGUAUGCCCAAUUUUGUUUGUACCUGCUUUCUAGGUUUUCCCUAGUUUUGUUGCUACUUUGAUUGUAUGCGCUGUUCCCUGGGUAUGCCCAAGUUCGAUUGUAUUUGUUUUCUAGGUCUUUCCUAGUUGUGUUUGGGAGCUUUGGCAUCCCUUCUCGGUGUAUGUGUCAGUUUUAUCUGUACAUAUCCCUUUGAUCAAUAUACAUUUACCCUUUUGAUAAAAAAAAUAAAGAUAAACGAUGUCAUGGAAAUUUAACAGAAGUAGUCAUCAUUCAAAAAAGUACCAAUGUCACUCCAUUAUAGAUAAAUGUCUUUUACUAAGAUCAACACAAUCCCUUUCUGCCAAGAUACAAAGGCAUAUAUUUCAUACAAGGAAGCAACCAUAUGUCUUCAGUUUCCACAUAGCAAACAACUUCAUUCUCAAGCGGAGUUGUCCAUGACUUCAAACUAUGCAAAUACAAUUAUACUGCAACAAUUCCAACUCCAUGUAGGUAGGUAGGUGCAAGCUCCCAUAAAAGUAAGAAGAAUUUCCAACCAGACAAUGAAAAAGGCAGACAUACCAAACCAACUAGAGACCCUGGUCAAUGAGAUAGUCACCAAGCCUUUCAACAAUCAUGUUGCACUGACCAGGAGUGAGAGGCUCCUCAUAUAUGCCAAUGAUCAAAGCCUGAUUAGUUUUCUUGAUGGUAACACCCCCAGAACCCU